CACGAUCUGAUAACUAACUAAAAGUAAACGUCAAUCAGGGUUGGUGAUGCAGCCUGAGGUGCUGCCUGCUAGACUACGAAAACACGGCACGUUUUAGUCUUAUCCACUCAAUCCGAUCGGAUCCUAUUAUCCUUGCCCUAUUGGGAAAUCUAACUGGUCUCUUUUUCUCUUGGUGUUCUACUACGCCUAUAUACCUACAGCUGCGGUGUCUGGCUGUAUGACGCUGUCUCAGCCCUUCUCUCCUUAGGCGGCUACCCUCAACAGAGCUCACUUCUCUCCACCACCUCCACCACCUCCCUUCUCCUCCUUCCCUUCCUUCCCGUUUUCCCCGUCGAUCCUCACAAUGGCUGAAGUCGACGUGGCCAGUUACUACAAUCUCCCAUCAGCUUAUCCCGAAGAAUGGCCCGCCGAGCUGGACGAAAGCGAUCCGGAGGAGACCGAGGCGCUGGACCGCCGCGGCUCACGAUCGGAACGCUCUCGCUACUUCGCCCUAGAACGCAAUAAUAGCACCCGGAGGAGUGUCGCCUUAGGCUCAUUCAAGGGGAGCAGUGGGCGGGAGAACCUCAAGGUGGAUGAGCCAGACCCCCUGGGAAUGAGUGACAGCGUACUCAAGAUGCUCAAAGCGCGAGGCUUGUCCCUGGAUGAAGAUAGCCGCUUGCGAAACCGUUUCCUGCUCUCCUCGACCUCAUUCUCACCCUCGCUCUUUCUGUCGCAAGUCCAUUCCGACGCGUCGAUCCAAUCCCUCCUCGAUGGCCUCGAUUGCCUUUCCCGCUCCAUCGACCAAAAGUCGGCGUCGCUGAAAGUCCUCGUCGAAGCCAAUUUCGAACGGUUCGUUCGAGCGAAGGCAACCAUUGAUAGUGUGUAUACGGAAAUGAAGACUCAAGGUCAAAAGGAGGAGUUGUUAAGCCCUCAGGGUCACCGCAGGUCGGUUGGACAUUUCCGGAACUAUUCCGGCAGCAGGCACAGCAUCUCUACCCCAGCCAUUGCGGAAGUAGGACCCGGAAAGAAUGCGCUCACGAAGGAGAGUGAUUACGGUAUGAAAGGUAUCCGUGUGCCUUUGCUGGAAGCCUCCGUCAAAGCUGAGGAGGUGUGGGGGCCGGCUUUAGGCGGUCGCGAGAGAGAACAGGUGCUGAAAUCCGUCGUGGAAAUGAUGGAGAAACACCGAGACAUCUACGAGAUCGGAGGGCAACUCUCUAAGUCUAUCAAGCAGCGAGACUAUGAUUCAGUCUUCGAGCAAUUUCGCAAAGCGCGCUCCCUUGCGAAGAGCGCCAAGGAUAUCGCAGAAACCGCGACGAGGAGGAAUCGGCCCCUGACCGACGAGGAAACGCACGUCAUCUUGGCCAUGGGAAGAAUGUGGAUAGAUGUGGAUCAGCAGAUUCAAGCCUUCAAGCGCGAUCUAUGGAGGCGUUUAAGCGACGUGCCAACAACAUCAACCACUAUCACGGCGACUGGUCCAGUUGAGGAGCACAUGGAGCUGAUCUGUGCUCUACUAGAAUUGGGAGUCGAUGAUAACCCUAUCUGGGUCUGGCUUCUCAGCCGAUAUGAUUUCCUAAAAACUAAGAUCACGGCCUUCUGUGGGCGCUGCAAGUCAGAGAUAGAGAUCCUGAGACGCCGGCUUGCUAGCGGAGAUAAGCCUACGCCUCAGGCAGUGGCAUCCUAUCUCCGUGUUGCACCGCGCGAUAACUCGUUGGAAGCCCGGUCGAUGCGAGAUACUGAUCAGGUGAUCGAGCUAUGGGAAUGUAUCAACACCUACUUGACCAGGCUUUUGUCGUCCCAAGGAGGUCUUCUCGGUGAGGUCUUCGAUUUCUGGGAGGUGGCACAAUCGUUCAUUGAUGGCAGCAAGCAGAAGCUUCUACCAGCCGGGUUUGAGGGAGAAAGCCGUAAGCAUCAUCGUCUGUCUUCCAAUGACAUGAGGGAUCUGCAAAAAGGCGCGGUGGAACUUAUCAACCUAAUCCGCGAGAGUGUGUUGUCUCUGUUUGCUGACCCACCGGUGGACGAUGUUUCUCUCCUCACGUCUCCCAUCUCCACUGCAAGCCCGAACAGCCCUGGGAGCCGCGGAGUGACGCCUACCGAAUCUCGUUUCAAACUGGAUCCCAAGAACAUGCCCUUUCCCACCCCCAAACGUGGGGAAUAUUGGGAAGACUAUGCAUUCUGGCCGCCUUUCUCUAAUUCGGUCAGUGGUGUGCACUAUCUCAGUCAAUUUUUGGUUAUCAUCGGAACAGCGGCUAGUGAAAUGGCCGCGUUGGAGCCGGUGCUGAGUAGCGGCAAUACCCACGAUCUUCUCAAGUCGCUUGUCAGUGUUGCCCGAGAGCGCUCCGUGCGUGUAGCCUGCGCUGCUUGGGGCAAGGAUGCCGAGAUCUGCAAGAUGCUUGAAGACUGGACGCGAGACCCUGAAAGAAGGGAUCUGACGAAGAUGCCGGGUCUGUUCGUUGCGUUCGAGAAUGCUAUCAUCAGUGGCAUGCAAAGGAUCCUGUACAUCUCCGAGGCCAUGGUGAAGGCGGGCUCGGUCGAUGUCGUUACCCAGCCUCCUGCGAAGCUGUUGCUCAUGGUGCGCAGCCAGUUCGUGUCGAGCGUCUACAAAGCUCUGAGUGGCUUGGUUGAGAAUGCUGAACACCCCGCAUCAACAGACGGGGACGAUGAGUGGGUUCUGGUGGGAUCCAUGGUCACCAAACCCCAGACUGAUCCAUCGACAUCACUGCUGAUUGCGGACGCGGUUGAUGUCCGUGAUCGGAAUGUGCGUCUGCUACUGACUCUGUCGAACAUUAAGGCUUUCCAAGCCGACCUUGUUCCUCAGCUGGUAGCAUACUUCGAAACGUCCUUCUCGGUGAAGUUGACCGAGGAAGCAAACACUGUUCGGGAUGUUCUCGGCCAGAUCGAAGAUCGUUUAUUCCAGUCGUACACCAAGCCGACCAUAAACAAACUGAACUCGACUAUCAUUGAGAGCAUUACUGCGCCUGAAUGGGAACCAAGUGAGGACUCGCGGCCAGAGCAGGUCCGCCCGUACGUGUACAACGCAAUAUUAGCACUGGUACUGGUCCAUACUGAAAUCACGACCACGAUCCCGUCUACCUUGUUGACCACCGGGAACCGCUCACCUUCAGCCACGCAGUCGCCUCUCCUCUCGGUCAUCCUUACAUAUCUGUUGACUCAGAUCUCGACGUCCCUUUUGACCGCCUUUAGUUCCCGGUCUUUGUACACGCUUGCCGCUUUGAUGCAGGCGACGCUGGAUACCGAGUUCAUUGCUCAAACCAUGUCUCAAUACUCGACUGACGAAGCGUCAGCCAUCCAGAGCCAAAUCUAUGUGGAAUUGGACCGCCGAACCACCCACGAAGCUCGCGCCCGGCUGCAGUCAGAACUGAGCGAAAUGCGAGUCACGCUGAAGCGAUUGAGGGAGAAGACAAAGGGAGAAUUUGCUUGUUUCAGGAAACCACGCAGUGGUGGCGGACACAAACCUUCCGCCUGAGUAUUUCUUUCAGACUAGCUAU